UGUAGUGUUAUUGCCCUAGUAAUCCCUUAGGGAGUUUCCCCAACCUAUAACACUAGUACUGGUAAAGACCCGAGAGACCUUGCAACACUGGUAGAGUCUAGAGAGAUCCCAAACGGAAGAGGAGACACCUACGUCAUCUGGAGCCAUGCUCAGCCUCUUUCUCGUAUGCAUCCGACCGAAGCGGUAGAUAAAGAAUAACCAUAAUUGGAACCCAGAAUAAAGCCCUUAUACAGAUCAAGUAUGGCAACCUAUAAUCAAGGGAAAGUGGAUGGCAAUAAUAACAAGGCCACAGUACCUGAGAGACCCAGUGUGGGUAGAGGGAUGACCGUGGAGAGAGGUGGUAAGACGUACUACCGAGAUGUUGUGGUAUCCUCUGUGGAAGACGAGCAGGUGAGUGAGGAUGUUCCUCAAGACUCACAGGAUGGAGGAAAAACACCUCUAGAGGCCAAGGUGGCUGAUGUUCCUUCUCUGGAGGAUGGAUUGACCAAGCUGGUCGUAACUCUUAAAGUGCCUGAGGUGCCAACUGCCUCCAAAGAACCACUCCAGUCUGGAGCUGACAAACCUGCAUUUUAUAUAUGCCCGCGUAGUGGAACAGAGGAAAGGACAUGGGUCGUCAGUGAGUCGGACCAAUAUUGUCCAGUAAAGGGGUGUCCUGUAGUAACACGUAACGUGCGUAGGCAUGUGAUUGCAGAACACCUAUCUGUCAUGUUUGAAAACAGACAAGAUCCGUCCCUGAUGAGACAGAGAAGGUUUCACCAGUAUCGUGGCCAGAUGGUCAUGGUACUGGCCCAGUGGCUCACAAGGAAGGAGGAUGCCACAUAUGAGGACCUUCUGACCUUCUUGAGACAGAACUCAAGAGUCCCUAGUGGAUACCCCCAGACUGGGGAGGAGAUGCCUGUUUUUCGAAGUAUUUGCCGGGAGAUGGGAUGGCCUACUUCCGCCUGGUUUGCGAUCCAACCAGCCCUGAAAAUAACCAGCCCUGUGUGUGUGCUGCAUUGGAGGGUCAUGGCAACCUUGGUACACAGACUGCCUCCCUCACAGCAGGACAUCCUUGCUACAGAGCAUUAUAGACCAGAGGAUAAUGGUCUGGACCUGGCACACCUAUUUGCCUGGAACAGACAAUUCCUAGGAAGAGAACCAGAAGUGGAGGUUGUACCUGCAGCCGAAAAGAAGGAACCAGAAGUGGAGGUUGUACCUGCAGCCGAAAAGAAGGAACCAGUAGUGGAGGUUGUGCCUGCAGCCGAUUCUCAAAAGGAGGUGAAUGCGUCAGGCCAGGAGGAAGUUGUCGCGGCUCCUAGUCCGCAGACAGAGGCAAUGCCGGAGAGUGAUAGGCAUAUCAUUAUUCUGCAAACUGGCAUAGAAAAAAGAAUGGUACCAAUCUGUUCUUUAAUGGAUUUAAGGAACAUUGCACAAGAGAGGUUCCCAGGCAGAGGGGAGGUCACCCUGAAGUUCCAGGGGAUGAUCCUUGAUCCUCUCAUUAUGUUAAAGGACAUUCUGCUGAUGGACGCUAAGCCGACCAUUGAGGUCAUAUUCUGUCACUCUGAAGAAUCGACUCAUCUGUGAGUGAACACUUCCUCUUUAAUAGGAUGAUGCCCAGUUUGGGUUUGCUAUUGAGACAUAGCUCUGGGAUGUGAGGUUUAUGCAACAUUUUUAUAUAUAUAUAUAUAUGGAUUUUACAACAAUAUAUGGAGGACCUUUAUAUUGUGAUUACUUUACAGACAGAAGAUUC